UUGGAAAACCUGAAUUUGACUGUAAAUUAGUUGACCAAAGGUGGAGAGAUGGCUGGCUUGAUGGUUCAUGUGACUGAUGAUUAUUAGUUAUGAUUGUAAAUUUUGUAAUGAAACCUAUAUGUGAUGUAAAAAGCACCAUAGGUUAUGCACAACGAAGCGAUCAUGAAAAGUAAAACAGGAAGUCUUAAGGGUUUUAAAACAUUAUGGAUUCGAUUUGACGAAGAAACUACGGACAAGCACCAACUAUUUUUUAAAGAGCAUUCAAUUAGAAAUCAAGAACCUAUACAUCCUAAAGGAAGAACAUUAUUUCUAUUAAAUAUUCCUCCUUAUGUUACACAUAAAGCAUUAAAUAAAAUAUUCAGUGAUUUGUGUGGAACUGUUUCUAAAGUUUAUUUUGUAACUCCUAAAGGAUUUAAAACAGCAUAUAUAGUUUUUGAAAAAGAAUCUGCUUUAGAGAGAGCAUUAGAAAUUUCUGAAAACUAUGUAAUAACAUUAAAUAAAGAGACAAAGAUUUGUUUUACAGGAGUGGAAAAAUGGUGCUUAAACUAUAAUCGUUCAGUAUGUAAUGAGAAGGAAAUGAAAAAGAAAAUUGAAACUUAUAUGCAGAACUAUGAUCAAAAAAUUUCUGAGAAAAUAGCAAAAGAAAAAGCUAUGGAAGAAGAAGCAGAAAAUGAUGGUUGGGUAACAGUAACAGGACGAAAGAAGAGAGGACAGUUUGCACUUUCCAGGAAAGAAUCUACUAUUAAUAAAGUGCAACGCAAAGAAGAACAAAAAAAUAAGAAAAAGCAAUUGCUUAACUUUUAUACUUUCCAAAUUCGGGAAAGUAAAAGACAGAAUUUAGCAGAAUUAAGGAAGAAGUUCGAAUUAGACAAAAAGAGAUUACAAGAUCUAAAAUCUAAGAGAACGUUUAAGCCAUUUUAAGACUGUAUGUAUAACAUAGAUUAAUCAUAUCAACGUGAAAUAUAUAUUUAUU